CUCGUGCACUACUUAGGGAACGAGAUUCGAAUGAGACACGCUCACAAUGUGCGUCAUUACUUCCGGUUCCGUAGAUUGAUGAGGAAGCGAGCCCCAGCUCUCGCGGAUGUUAAAUCGUUAUUAGUAUUAUUACCACUUUAUUUCCCUUCCUCAAGACAUUUAAAAGGAAAAGCCGUUUCUGACAGGAAGGUGCUGGCGGAGGGGCGUGUUAUUUCCGUUUAACACUAAAGGCUCAUGCUAAUCUCCGAGGGCGGCUCUUCAUGCGCGAGCCAGCUAACUGCAGUUCAAACGCCUCGCGCUGCUUUGGAGGCUCGGCACAGAGAUGCCUGGAGGUGAACUGAUGUUUUGUGCACGUGCACACGACGGCGAAAAUGGUGUGACGUCAGUUUCCUUUGACGCACGGCCGGGUCCGUGGCUCGCGCUCUGCAGACGUUGUUGAUCUGCUCUGAUCGCGUUUCUUUCUUUCUUUCUUUCUUUCUUUCUUUCUUUCUUUCUUUCUUUCUUUCUGUCUUUCUGUCUUUCUUUCUUUCUGUCUGUCUUUCUUUCUUUCUUUCUUUCUUUCUUUCUUUCUUUCUGUCUUUCUUUCUGUCUUUCUUUCCUUCCCCAAAAAUGGAUGUGGAUGAGACGGGUGCGCGUGAGGGCGCGUGGACCACGCUGCUGCUGUGGACCGGUGUGGCCGUGCUGCUCCCGGUGCUGAUCACGCUGUGGUGCAGUGUGCGGCGCUCGGAACGCGCGGUGCGCCUCAAAGACCUCGCGCACGCAAGCCGGCACAGCUGGCGCUACAUGGACCUGUUCAGCAAGCCCACCUACUGCUGCGCGUGCGAGCUGCCCGUGCUGCACGGCGCCUUCUGCGACUGCUGCGGCGUGUGCGCGCACGAGACGUGCGUGCGGGGCGCCGAGCGCGCGCUGGCCUGCAAGGAGAUCGCGGCGCCGGCGCACGCGGACGGAGGUUUCCGCCACCGCUGGGUGCGCGGGAACGUGCCGCUCGCGAGCUACUGCGCAGUGUGCAAGCAGCAGUGCGGCACGCAGCCCAAACUCUGCGACUACAGGUGUGUGUGGUGUCAGACGACGGUCCAUGAUGACUGUAAACCGGAUGUCAGUGAUGAUGAGCGCUGCGAUCUGGGCGAGUUUCACUCCAUCAUCAUUCCUCCCUCGUACCUGUACCAGCUGAACAAAGUGCGGCGCAGACACCCGGACGAGUACUGCAAGCUUGCGGCAGUAUGUGGAAGUGGGUGGAGCCCCCUGCUGGUGCUCGCUAACACGCGCAGUGGAAACAACAUGGGUGAAGAGCUGCUCGGAGAGUUCCGAACCCUCCUCAACCCGGUGCAGGUGUUCAACCUGUCUGAGAUCGCUCCAUCCAAAGCCCUGCAGCUGUGCACUCUGCUGCCCCCUGGCUGUGUGCGUGUGCUGGUGUGUGGAGGAGACGGGACAGUGGGCUGGGUGCUGGACGCCAUCGAUACCAUGAAACAGAAGGGUCAGGAUCAGUUCAUCCCACGUGUGACCAUCCUCCCUCUAGGGACAGGGAAUGACCUGUCUAACUCUCUGGGCUGGGGUUCGGGUUACGCGGGUGAGAUUCCUAUCGAGCAGGUGAUCAGGAACGUCCUGGAGGCUGAAGUGGUUAAGAUGGACAGGUGGAAAGUUCAAGUCGCCUCUAAAGGAAUCUACUUCCGCAAGCCGAAGAUUUUGUCCAUGAAUAAUUAUUUCUCGGUGGGUCCGGACGCCCUGAUGGCCCUGAACUUUCACGCACACCGCAAAAAGACGCCAUCCUUCUUCUCCAGCCGCAUCAUCAACAAGGCGGUGUAUUUUCUCUACGGAACCAAAGACUGUCUGGUGCAGGAGUGUAAAGACUUGGACAAAAGGAUCGAGUUGGAGCUGGAUGGAGAGCGGGUGCCAUUGCCCAGUCUGGAGGGCAUCAUCGUGUGCAAUAUCGGUUACUGGGGCGGUGGAUGCCGGCUGUGGGAGGGGAUGGGAGACGAGCCGUGUCCUCCAACACGACUGGAUGAUGGGCUAUUGGAAGUGGUCGGUGUGUUUGGAUCGUUCCACUGCGCUCAGAUCCAGGUCAAACUCGCCAACCCUGUCCGACUAGGCCAGGCACACACAGUGAGGCUGGUCCUGAAGAGCUCACGCAUGCCGAUGCAGGUGGAUGGAGAGCCGUGGGCUCAGGGUCCCUGCACCAUCACCAUCACUCAUAAGACUCAGGCUCUCAUGCUGUACCACAGUGCAGAACAGACCGACGACGAUGAUGAGGAAGAGUCCAGCGCCUCGGACACCGAAGGGCCGUCGGUACCGAGGCCUCGCGCUCCAGAGAACAGCUCAGAACCUCAGUGAGGCUUCGGCUGCGUCCCGCAUGCGGCUGUGCUGCUCCGCUCGGGCUGCUUCAUUUAAACGUGUUUAAUUUGCUGCUGGAUGACGUUAACGAGUCGGAGUGUGACGUGUGCAGACCUUCACGUGUUUCACGCGGUAUACGUACGCUGGUAUGAGUUUAUCACCUCAACAUACGCAUACAGAGUCUUCUGACCCCUAAUAAAAACGCCAGGUGAACCAAUCGACAUAUAAAUCUGAAAUUUUUAACUCCCUGACCUUCUCGAAGCCCCGCCCCUUUUAUUAAUAAUUGCUGGUAAUUGGUCCUGUAGAUGUGCACACUUCAGUUUCUACCUUUUAGACGAGUGAUUAAUGAUUUACUCACAUGCUAGUUUUUAGGUAAGCCUGUUUACCUAAAUGCUAGUUAGUGGCUCACAUGCUAGUUUUGAGGUUAGCCUGUUUACGUAAAUGCUAGUUAGUGGCUCACAUGCUAGUUUUGAGGUUAGCCUGUUUACGUAAAUGCUAGUUAGUGGCUCACACGCUAGUUUUGAGAUUAGCCUGUUUACUGAAAGGCUACAUUUUUGGUUAAACCCACUCCAGAUUGUACCUGGAACAGGUGAAUGUCCUGGCCCUUUUUUUUUUUUGUUUAAAUCCAGCGUUACUUCCUGUUCAGGCUCGGGAGGUGUGAAUGGACAGCACUGUUUAGUGAAACGCUGAAAGUCGUUAUGACAUCACGCCGUUUAAGCGAUGAUCACAUGCACUGAUAUUUUGUCUCGUUAAGGAGUUGUGGUUUUUUUAUGCUAGCAGUUUGUGCAAUAAGAGCUUUACGCUUUGGUCCACGGGGCGAGCAGUUAUUACAUAUUUAUUAUAUAUUUUAUAUACAUAGAGCUAUUAGAGUCACAUGACCUUCAUUCUUUCAUUCAUUCUCAUGUCUCUCUUCUUUUUUUUUCUUUUUUAUCCGUUGUGAUAUAUCUUUUCCGUUUCCAAUCUGGUGAAUAUUUAUCACUUUUUAUUUCCUACCACAGUAAAUACUUAGAUAUAAAUAUAUUUCAGCAACAUUUAAUUGAUUUUCCAAACCGUGUGUUUAAAAGGAAAUGAUUCAUGACUAGUGUGUUAAUAACGGAUAACGUCUGACCAGAGAACUGUCCAGAGAUCUGGCGUUUUAUGUCUGAUGAGGACGCUCUCUUGAAUUUGAGAUGAUUUGUUGCCAUGGUAACAGUGGUCUUACCUGAUUGUGGGCACAUGUUUACUGUAAAGCUGUGAAGUCACAGGACCACAAACCCCUCAGUGUACUGCUGUGUGUUAUUUAUUUUUAUUCUGAUGUUCCGCACUGUCCUCACACACUCACACAACUCUGUGCUUCAGCUGUAUUCUUUCAUUUACACUGUAUGUGUUAGAGGAGUGUGUGUGUGUGUGCGCCAAAGUCUCAUUUUAUAUUGUGUGUAACCACUGGUGAUAUUUUCUCCUUGAUUAUACAGCUAUGAUUAAUUUAAUCCCAGUUUUUUAUUUGAUGAAGGUCAGUGAAGAUGUCAGCCGUGCGACACGUCCUGCACCUCUGACACGUUUAUAUUUACCAUGCACGUUUCUGACUCGUGGGCGUGGCCUGUUCAGCUUUUCCUACUGAAACAGUAAUGACUACUAAAUGAAUUAACGCACAAAUAAUGUAAACUUUACUAACUACACACACUGACCAGAGACGAGGCUUUACUAACUACACACACUGACCAGAGACGAGGCUUUACUAACUACACACACUGACCAGAGACGAGGCUUUACUAACUACACACACUGACCAGAGACGAGGCUUUACUAACUACACACACUGACCAGAGACGAGGCUUUACUAACUACACACACUGACCAGAGACGAGGCUUUACUAACUACACACACUGACCAGAGACGAGGCUUUACUAACUACACACACUGACCAGAGACGAGGCUUUACUAACUACACACACUGACCAGAGACGAGGCUUUACUAACUACACACACUGACCAGAGACGAGGCUUUACUAACUACACACACUGACCAGAGACGAGGAAUCGUAACCAAACAGAGAAAAUUUUCAUUUAAACAUUGUUUUUUUUUAAUUUAUUUUUUAUUUUGAUGGUGCACACACACACACUUCUACUUUACAUUAAAUGCAUGACUAUUUCCUCCAACGCUCUAUGUUUAGUGUGUGUGGGUGGGUGUGUGUGUGAGAGAGGAUAUAGUGCCACUCUUCUGGAUUAUAGACCAAAAAAGUUUGAGUUUUUGUUUAAAAUGAUCUGCCUCACUGAGAUAUCAUGAAAGUCUGAUUAGUUUAUUCUAUAAUAACUCUUUAUUUAUAUAUAUAUAUAUAUAUAUAUAUAUAUAUAUAAAAUUUCCUGGUAUUAUCACUAAAGCUGUUAGCAGUAUGUAAGAUUUGGUCAGGGUUUAUAUGUCUGUAUUAUGAGAAGUGCUGAGUUUGGAGUUUAGAUUUGAUUUCUGUUUGAGAAAGAUGUAAUUUAUUCCACAUUUGAUUCAGUUGAAUCAGUGGACACAGUAACUCGAGACCCUGGUCCACUGCUGGUCAUCAGUGAAAUGUGUUUUCAGAAAUCAUCCUGAAUUCAUUUCUAGUCAUUAUCUUGCCAAUGUUUUAUAUCGCUGUGAUCUUGUCGCAUUAAAAAGUCAAGCCACAGACGCUGUGAGAGAUUCCAGACGGAGAACUGAGUGUACACGAUCGUUCACGUCUGUCUCGGACGAUGGAGAAACUCUGAAUGAUGAAUUAAAGAAUGAACGUCCAAAACAAACGGGAUUAGUG